AUGGCACAAGAUCUGGAAUUGGGAGAAGAUUCAGAAGAUCCAAGCGCUUUCGCCUUUGUUCCCACAGUACCGCCAACCAGAAAGUCCUCCUUCAACCCACAGAACCCAUAUCAAAAGAAGAAGAAGAGUCCUCCUCCUCAACCAGUGGCAAAGUCAAAGGAGGACAUCAGUAUCGCGGACAUAGUUCUUCAACUUGCCGAUGAACAUGGCUUUGAUGGCCUGAGUGAAGAAAAGCAGAAACUUGUCAAGACAACCAAACGGGGCAAGAACACCAAGGAAACAGAGUCUCGAAAAGCCUCGAAUGAGAAAAGGUUCUUUGAAGAGCUCAAGAAUCACGGGGGAAAAGCGUUUGCCCCUCUUCUGGAAAAGGUCCCGGUCAAAUACAAUGGAAUGAGUACCGAUGAAGCAGCUUUAGACUAUCAGUUCUUCAAUGUUCUUGGAUUUUCUCGCGACAAGAAGGCACAUGCCAUUCUCAAUAAAGCUUGCAUCGUGGUAGCCCUCAACCUCAACAAGAAGAAGGGGCGGAACAAUACAGCUGGACAACCCUUCCAACCCAACUCUUUGGAACAAUUCUUUCGCAAUGCCUUUCUUAUGUUGAAGCAGAAGGGAAUUCUCAAAGUUGAUCCAAAGUUUGCGACCAACACCGAGAAGCGCCGAAUCAAGGAGAACGUGCUUGCCUUGGUUUGUAAGGCCGUGAGAGAAGGAGUAAUCAAAAUCACGAACCGGUAUGAUGUUUUUGAAGCCGUGCACUUCAAUGGUGGCUUGUUCUUGUGUUUCCGUGGCAAACAGGACCAUAAGAACACUCGAAAAGAGAAUCUCCGCGGCGUGUAUGAUGAUGAUUUGGAAGAUGAGGAUGAUGGCAAUAAGCGACUCGGUGGAAUUCAGUGGAGAGGGUUCUUUAUUCCAUUCUCAAAGACAAAUCAGCUUGGCUUUGGUAACACCAGUCUUCCCCAGGAAUCAGAAAGAAUCCGGACCAUGCGUGCCCAUCCGCAUCUUGAGUAUGAUCCAGUUGAAUGGCACGACACAUACGUUGCGCACAUGCAUCCGGACGCUGUUGGCUUCUAUGCGUAUCCAUACACGGAGACCGAAUCGAAGAUUGAGAAUGCGCGACUCAAACAGCGUGAUAUUGAUUGGAACAAAGGUCAUCCAGCGAAUCCCCGUCCCAUCAUCGAUUAUGAUGUAUGGUACCGUCCCAGCAAUCCAAACAUUAGCAAACACGAGGGGAAUCUUGGUCAUAAUCAGCACUGUCCCAUCAUCCAAAAGUUCUGCACCAGGAUUGGAGUGCAAGAUGCCGAAAAGGUUGCUUCCGGUCACGCCUUGAGGGCCAAAGCAGCUUGUACCAUAAUGAAGGGCGCUGGAGUUGAUCCCCAUGCCGUUGCCAGACAGAUGGGUCACAAGAGCAUUGACUCGCAAAAGCAUUAUACGGAGACCACGCAGGGAAUGAAAGCGGACGUGUACAAUGCCAUUGCCAAAGGAGGUCGGAAGAAAGCAGUCGCUCAGAAGGAAUCUCCAAUUGUCUUGGAUGUCGACACUACACCAGUUUCAAAGAAACCCCGUGUCAGCACUCUGAAUACAGAUGAGAGAAGGGAGUUAGAGGAAUACCGACGUCAAGAGGAUCCAGAAAGAAAAGAACUCGAGCGACUUCGCCGUAAAAGUAUGGAAAACAAAGAGAACGUACCUCCGGUUGCUCCAGCCCCGUCCCUUGCCGGUCUUCCAUACAACCCAUAUGGAAUAUUGUAUCCGUCCGGGUAUCCCGCUUAUCCACCACCAGGGGUACCACCAUAUCAUCCCCCGUUUCCAAUGGGUCAGCUACCACCUCCACCUCCACCCCGAGUGCAUGGAGUGUUUCAUCCCCCGCCCCCACCCCCACCACCUCCACGAGAAUUCGGAGAAAACAACAACUCGCGUAGAGUCGUCCCACCACCACCACCACCUCCACGAUAUCCGUAUGUCCCACCAGUAAAUCCACCAUUGCCUACAAGGAAUCAUUUCGAAGGAACGAGUGAGUACCAAUAUUCAGUAAAUCCACCAUUGCCGGCAAUGAACAAUCUGGAACAAGAAAAUGGACUUACCCCGGGCGAUCAUGGAGGUCAAGCGUAUGGAUGGACGGGAUACUCCGGUCAUGGUGGAUACAAUGGCGACGGUGGGUAUGGGUAUUAG